UCUUGAUUGAAUUAAAAAUCAAAUAUAUACAAUUUUUUCUGAUAUCAGUGAUGUGGACAGUAUAAAAAUGGCUUAUUUAUUCAAUUUAAAUCUUUUCGUGUGUUUAUUUGUUGCCAUUAAUUGUUAUGAAGUGCCACCUGCUAAAUUAGAAGCGAUUUAUCCAAAGGGAUUACGUGUUUCUAUUCCAGAUGAUGGUUUCAGUCUUUUCGCUUUCCAUGGAAAACUCAACGAGGAGAUGGAAGGUCUGGAAGCGGGGCAAUGGUCUCGUGAUAUAACGAAAGCGAAGAACGGAAGGUGGACGUUCAGAGACCGAGAUACAGCGCUGAAAAUUGGCGAUAAAGUAUACUUCUGGACAUAUGUUAUCAAGAAUGGUCUGGGAUACAGACAAGAUAAUGGUGAAUGGACUGUCACAGGUUUCGUGGAUGAAGAAGGUAUUCCUGUAAAUGAUAAUGGUACCCCAAUGGAUAUGACAACGUCAAGUCCUAUACCCACUGACUCUAGCGACACAAUACCAACUAUCCGUCCAACUUCACCGACAAUGCCAACUUGCGAAUUAUCUCCAACAAAGGUGUCAAUGCCAGGGUACGUUUGUCAAGGACAGUUACUUUUCGAAGACAACUUUAACGCCAAAAUUGAAACAGGACAAGUAUGGAAACAUGAAAUUAGAUUUCCAGGAGAACCUGACUAUCCCUUCAACGUUUACAUGGCAGAAGAUAAUGUUCGCGUGAAAGAUGGUCAACUUUUAAUAUCACCGGUCACAUUGGAAUCUAAAUACGGAGAAGAUUUUGUUAGGCAAACACUGGAUCUUACAGCCAGGUGCACAGGAGUUUUAGGGUCAAAUGAUUGUCAACGUACAGCGUCUGGUCCUCACAUCUUACCACCUGUCAUCACAGCAAAAGUAACGACUAAGGGUAGAUUUAAUUUCAAAUACGGCAAAAUUGAAGUACGCGCAAGAAUGCCUUUCGGACAUUGGUUGAUACCAGAGAUACAAUUGGAACCACGUGACAAAGUCUAUGGAGUUACUAAUUACGCGUCUGGCUUGUUACGAAUUGCCACAGUUAAAGGCAAUCUUGAAUCCUCCAAGGUAUUGUACGGUGGGCCUAUAAUGUGUGAAUCGGAUCCAUACAGGUCUGCAUAUCUUAAACAGAAGAUAAAUAAUGACUACUGGGCUAGGGACUUCCAUAAUUACACUAUGAUAUGGCGACCAGAUGGAAUUUCUCUUCUUGUGGAUGGAGAACUAUACGGAGAAGUGACACCAGGGGAGGGAUUUUUUGCUGAGGGAAAUAACGACGUGACUGCGGCGCCGCAGUGGAGAAAGGGUACUGUCAUGGCUCCAUUUGAUGAACUGUUCUACGUCUCGCUGGGUCUUAGCGUGGGAGGUAUCCAUGAGUUCCCAGACGCUCCUAACAAACCUUGGGCCAACGGAUCUCCAAAAGCUAUGCUAAAGUUUUGGAACUGCCGCGACCAAUGGCUGCACACGUGGAACUCUGACUUCAAUACUCUUAGAGUAGACUACGUUAGAGUGUUUGCUCUUUAAAGAUUUAUAAAAGAGAUCUGAGAAAAUUUUCGAGUCACUACUAAAUAAAUUGCAAGAUA